AUGUUCUUUACCUUAUUGAUCCACUCUAGAUCAAUAAGUCAGUAUCAAUUUCUUAUUGACCAAGCAAUUUUAUCUAGCAAAAGCAGAAAACCCAAAACAAAUAUCAAAACAGAUUGGGAAGCAGGAGUUCAUACAAUCCCAGAGGGCACAUUUACAUUCGCAUACAAUAUCAUUGGUGACCAAUCAUCUGCAAUUCAAGGGUUUGCAAAAGCAAAACAUGUUCUUGCUCUUGCACAAAUGGAUAACAAAGACUUUUCAGAUUAUGUAUUUCAUACUGAAUACAAUGGUAAAUUUUACAAAAUAUGUGAAUGUGCAGAAACAUCAAACAAUGUUAAAGUUUACAAAACCAUAAGAAUAAAUGAAUCCGAAUUAAUACCGCAUUAUAGUUUAUCUAUAGUACAAAAAAUUUACAGAGAUGAAGAUAGUUCUUCGCACUCUGUCGGAAAAGAAUUCUAUUGGACUGAAGGUGAUGAUGGAAAAUUAGAGAGCGGAAAACCAGACUAUAACCUUCUUGAAUUGUUAAAGAAAAAGAAAGAAGAAGAUGAAUCAGAUUCGACAACAGAUAAUUCAGAUUCAACGAUAGAAGAUACAAGUGAGAAAAAGGAUAGUAAUUGGUUAAGACGAGUUGUCCUCGAAAAUUUAAAUAUGGCGGCUCGUGUUAAUGUAGGUGGAUAUAUACAAGGAACAGUUUCUCUUCAAUGUGAAAAAUCCGGUUCUAACUCUCAAAACAAAGUUGAACUAGAUAUUCAAGUCUGUGGAGGUGUUUUGUUUGGUGUUUUAGGAGAUGUUACAUUUCCUGGAUUUGAUUUCAUAGAUAAAAAUAUUCCAAUUCGUGAUAUUCCAGUAAUGAUAGGCCCCAUUCCACUUAUUAUACACCUUAAAGCAAAUUUAAAGGCUGCACUUGAAGAUGUCACACUUCAUAUUCCAUUUGAAAUAACAUAUUUCAGAAAAUACACAUUGUAUUUUACACAAAAAGCUGAAUUUGGUUCAAAUGGCAUCAAUCUAGGAGAUAGAUCAUUCAAAUUUGUUCCAUAUGUUGAAAAACCAGUAAUGCCUUCUAAUCCAUCAAUCAGUGAUUUUUCUUUAGAAUUUCCAUUCAAAUUUUCAAUGGGAGUGAAUGUAACUGUAGAAAUAAUUAAACUUAUUAGCACAGGAGUUUUGAUUUCUGGCGGUAUCAAAGUUCCCGUCGUUUUUAAUCUUGAUAAAUCAAAAUGUCCAUUCCCUUAUAUUAAUAUUAAUAUUGAACCAUCAGUGUUUUGGAAUUAUGUAUUUGAUGGAUUUAAGCUUCUUGGUUUUGCUCCAAAAUUUGCAAAAAAAUCAAAUGAUUCGGAAUUAUAUCGGUUUGAACCUUAUGAACAUUGCUUCAUUGAUUAUAAUAAAGCCGGUGACGGAAAUAGUGAGUCAUAUUUCCAGGAUCCUAAGAGUUCAUUUUUGGUUAUACCUUAUAUAUACAAUGAUUACACAAGUACAAAUAAAGUUCUUAGCGUUUCUGUUAAAUCAAAUAGCAAAUAUAUUGCAUCAAAAGUUUAUCCAUUAAACUAUUACUCAAAAUCCCUUACAACAUUAUCGCCAUUUAUUUCAUUGGAUGUUUCAGUUCCAUACAGAUUCGAAAUUAAUGCACUUACAAAUUCUGCAAAAGAAGCAAUGGGAAAUGUUGAUUGUGGAUUAAAUACAAUUUCAUCAUUAAAAGAAAUAAUGAUUGAUGAUGGAUAUUUUUCUAAUGAUAAAAUUUCAGUUAAAAUUGAAACAAAAGGACUUUCAAAACUGGCUUUAGGGAAAAUAUCGACAUCAAAAUCAACAGAUAAAUAUAUGAUGUUUGAACCAAACAGAAAAGGCAAAUAUUGUGUUUGGAAAAUUGUAAAUGAUAAAUGGUCUCUUACUUCUUAUUCGUCAUUUUAUGAUACAAAAAUCCCAUCGGAUUUAUCAAAUCUUGAUCAAAUUAAAAUUUGGGAUCUUACUUCAACAUCAGAUAAGCAUACAAACUUACAAUUACAAUUUGUAAAUCCAAAUCAAGAUGUUGUUGCAUUGACUAAUAAUGUUUAUUUAUCUUUUUCGAAAGGAAGUGAAAUUUAUCAAGGAAUUUUUAUUCCAAAGCAAAGUAAUGGAGUGUCAAGUUAUACAUUUUACACUGAUUUAGAUCCUUCAAUAGAUUCUCAAACUUCACAAUUCAUCACAUCAAGUGACCGUACAAUAACUUUCAAUCAAGAUUCAAUUAUUGAUGGAGAAUUUAUGCAUGAAACACUUAAUGCCGUAUUCCCUAUCAAUGGCAAUUAUAAAAAUAUCAAUUGUGCGCAACAUAGAUUAGGUUUUUUACCAACCGAAAAAUUGUCUAGAAUUGUAUUCCAGGUUGAUUCUAAUACCAAAUAUAUGCCUACUCGUGUAUUCGAAUAUUUAAAUAGAGUUAAAGGUUUUUACCAAUUUUGGUAUUCUGUUGAUGAAUUAUCAGGAAAUUAUUUCACGAUUCAUUGCCCAAUUAAUAUUGAAAAUCUAGAUGAUAAUGCAUUUAUUUAUCUUGCUUCCUAUAAAUAUGUUCCGAUUUUGGAUUAUGUUCCAAUUGAAACUCAUUUAUAUUUAAUUCCUGUAUCUGAACUCAAAAAAUAUUCUAAUUACAUUUUACUCAGAGCCUGCGAGUCCAAUAUUGAGCCAAACCUUUACAUUUAUGAACAACCUAUACAGAUGAUCUCAGGAAAAGAGUUUUAUGAUAUGAAAAAUUAUUACCCUGGUUCAAGCUCAUCUUGCCCUUAUGCUUUUAUUGGUGACUUCAAUUCUUACUAUAUUUGUGUGCAACAAAAUGGGCAACUCGAUAAUAGUAAAAUUUUCAAAUUACAAUACGAUAAUGCACCUACAAAAGUUCUUGUUGGAAUUAAGACAGAUACACAAUAUCCGAUUCAAUUCAUUGAUGUUAGAUAUAUUUUGAAAGAAGAUGAAACAUCAAAGAGAAUUGAUUUGAGUGACAGUAUAUAUAAUGGACAAAUAGACAUUUCUUUCUUUGUUAUGCCUUAUCGUAAAGACUUUCAAGAACAUGUCAUCGUAUAUAAUCAUCAGCUUCGUACCAUAGAAGAACACACAAUUGAGGGCAAUUUCCUACAUCUGAAUGGUCAAAAUGUGUACACAGUGUAUAGAAAAUGUGAAUAUAUUUCAGGUGAUAAAUGUGCCAAUUUAAUUACAAUAUCAAAUGACCAACCAGUAAUGUUAAAGUAUACCAAUAAGAAUGGCAUUUUACCUGUAGAUAUUAGAAAAUCAUAUUCCAUAAACGUCAAAAAAGAAAUAUUCUAUAAAACAUCUCAAAUUGCAUUUUAUAAGUCAUGGAUAGGAACUGUUGAAAGAAUAAAUAUACCAAAGGGUGAAUCACCAUUAGAAAUUUCAAUUGAAAAAACUAAUGAAUUUUUCAUCAUUAAAGCCAAAUUAGGUUCAUUAUAUCUUCCAAUUUCUCAAUACUUUAUCAAUUUCAGAUUAUCUGAAUUGUUGAACGAAUUACAUCUAAAAGCUAUUGAUCAAACAAAGGAGAUUGAAUAUGAAGUUGGUGAUCCUUCGGAUGAGGAUAUUGCUAUCAAAUUUAAGACAACUAAUAUAAUUAAUUUUGUGCCGGCAUCUGGUGCUAAAAGAGUUAAGUCUAGUUCUGUACUUGGCGAAGCAUUUGGACUUGAUGAAAAUGUUUUCACUGGCACUGAUGUCAGUAGAGUUGGAUAUACAGAAGAAGUACCAGAUCCUGACCCAGAUCCAAAUCCAAAUCCUGAUCCAGAUCAAACAAAUCCUGAUCCAGAUCCAGAUCCAAAUCCAAAUCCUAAUCCAGAUCCUAAUCCAGAUCCUAAUCCAAAUCCUAAUCCUAAACCAGAUACUGAUCCAUCACCAGAACAUGAAAAACCUCAAGAAUCUCCAAGUGAUGAAGAUGGUUCUAAAGGAGGAAAUGGAGGAAAAAAUAAUACCGGUGGUAUUGUUGCAGGUGUCGUCAUUGGAAUACUGGUAGUUGUUGGAGUUGCAGUCGCGUUAUUCAUCCUUUAUAAAAGAAAGCAAAAUAAUAAUGAAAAUAGUAAAAAUGACGCAGAAGACAUCGAAGAUAUCGAAUCAGACAAAGAUUCAAAUGAAGUUUAA